CGCACAGUGUCUAUUUGGACAUAUUUUGGACCGUCAUUUUCCGCCAUUAGUUACGGGUAAACAUGACCUGAGCGGGUCGUUUUGUUAUUGAUUAACAAACGAAAAUAGCUCUAUCAGCGUUCCCAUGUGAUGUCACAUUUUACUGCUCUACUUCUGUGUUCGUGUUUUGUUUGAUCUUCCGCGUUGUCUAAGCGACGCCCCUCCCACUAACGUCACUGCAACCCGAGCCUCUGCAAAUGUGCUCUGAAGUUUCGCCUUUCAGCCACGAAAGUCUGUCAGCAGUAUUGACAGUAAAUAAACAUAAUGCAAUGAUUGUGUCCACCCUAGGGUAGCGAAAACUAAAUAGUAACCUUUAUUUUGCUGGAAAUGUCAGUGUCGUCCCUUUUUAUUUUUUAUUUUUUUACUUUUUUGGAUAGAAAAAAAAAUGUGUCUGAGAUAUAACCUACUUAUUAGUUACUGACAGUAAUUGUUUAAUGCAGCUGCUUCUAGGUCAUUGCACAUACAUUUUCCAUUUUAAAAAAUGUGAUUUUUUAAAUCACAUUUCAGAAAAUAAUUACAUUAUACAAUCACAAGCUGAGUGUUUAAAAUGCUGGGAUAUAAUUACGCCUUCAACAAGGCUGACAGUUUUAUAGUUUAUUUAGCCAUUGCUAGACUUGAGCUCAAGGUCAUGAGACCACCCUGUGUUUUAGAAAUUGGAUUUAAUGCAAAUAAUAUCUCUGCACAUAUAGAGUUUUCAAUGAUUCAUGUUAAUGAUUAACUUUAAUGAUUGUGCAAAAUCAUGGUAACCGAUUACCUUGUGACAAACCUGACAACAUAUAAUAAUAGAGGUGCUAAAAAAGAAAGCAUGUCAGUGUCCUUGAGGAAUUCAUAUCCUGAUGAUGAUGUCAUUGUGACAUGAUGUUUUAUGUAUGAAGUUGAAGAACAGGCCAAUAAUAGCUUCUCAUGGAGAAAGAGCAAAAAACUAUUAAAAUAUUGAAAAUAUAAUACAUAUAUUUUUUGUAAAUAUAGAAAAUAUUUUUAUAUUUAGUUAAAAUAAUAAUGUAAAAAUAUUUUACAAUUUAUUAAAUUAAUUUUAUUUUAGCAAUAGGUGUUGGUUUUGCGAAAUGACCCUACGUAGGGCCCUUUUCCCUUCAUGAGAAUCACAGAUCAGAAACCAGAGGCGGAUCUGCCGGGAAACACUUGGACUGUGGACAGAAGGGAGGCCCCACUCACACGCCCUCGUGUGAAAGCAGGAUUACCUCAUCUGAGCUAUGAAUAGAGAUUUUCACACAGGUUAUGGAGAAGAACAACGGUGUUUUCUUUCAAUCCAACACAUAGAAAGCCUUUGGGUUUAUGUGCAAAUCCUUAACAUAAUAGACAGAUUAAUGUCUGCCAUGCAGACAGUUAUGAAAUCGACAACUUUAUUUUAAAAAAAAAAAAAGUCUAAGACACAUACUUAGAUAAUUUUGGCUACUUGGGGAAGAUGUCGUCAUAAGAAUGUCAUUGAAUUAAGUGUGAUAUGAUAAAAAUAGGCUGUGCCGCAGUAGCGCUGCAGCUAGAGGCUCCACACCGGAUGUGCCAUAUAUGGUCAAGACACGCAGCUCUCUGAUUGGCUGCUCACAUUAGCGACAGGGUUGUUGCUGGAGCGCUCUGAGUGGGAGAUCCAUCAUUGUAAUUGACAUGGGAUACGAAAAAUCACAGUUUUUAAUAGAAAGGGUGCGGUUGAGGUAUCCCAACAAAUAUUUCAUUGUUUAAUUCUCUCAUCCUUUGGAUGAAUAACACUUUCUUACAUUGAUGAUGUCAAAUGAACUGUGUUUUUUGUUGAUUAGGCUAUUUUUCUCAAAUGCAUGUCUCUUGAGACAAUCACUCGCUUGCAGAUGAACCAUCUUUAACAUAUAAAUCUCUAUAAUAUGCAUAGACAGGCUGCAAACAAGGCACGUAAAAUGACGUAUCUUGUUCAUUCAUGUGAAAGCUGCAGCGUUGAAUAUGAACCAAAAUAUCCUCUGUUUACGCAUUAGAUGUUGUAAUAGAACGCCAAAAAUGUUGAAUCAAAGCGAGUAUCGUUUUGAGUCAGGCAUAUCUGUGAAAUGCCGUAUUUAUAUUUGGCUCGUCCUUAACUGUCUCCCCUCCGGAUCAGUGGUACAGUCUCACAGAUUUCAUUCAUAAAAAUCUGCCUCACUAUAAAGAGAAGCAGCGUUGAUGGCUGGUGCCUCCUAGCGUAGUAACCUCAAUCUAGAUUUAAAAAAAACCUCCUGUAGAAUAGCAUUUGGUGACAUUAGUCACAUAAUAAUCCGGAUCCCAGCCUUUCCUGGAGCGAUCUAGCUGAAGUGAUGCCUAAAAACGCGAGUGUUUCUCAGGUGUCUGCAGAACAGCUGCUGCACACAUCAGCUUCUGAGAUGAAGGAUACGCAGAAGGCAGGUAUUCUGAAGGAUGCUGAUGCUCCCUUUGUUCCAACGGUCACUGCUGUAGCUUCAGCUCCAGAUCUCAAGUGGAUGGUCCUGUCGACUGACAUCUCUUCAGUGUCGCCCUGCAGACACGAGAAACCACAGAGCUCGCCUAACUCCACAGAUGCCAAACCAGCUCGAAAGACCUUUACCGGCCGGAGGAAGGGAGUGAAAGAUCAGCUUUCUCCAGAGGAAGAGGAGAGGAAGAGGAUCAGAAGAGAACGGAAUAAACUCGCGGCUGCCAAGUGUCGAAAUCGCAGACGAGAGUUAACCAACAGCCUCCAAGCUGAAACCGACAGUCUCGAGGAGGACAAAGCAGCUCUGCAGUCUGAGAUCGCCAGUCUGUUAAAAGAGAAAGAACGACUCGAACUCAUCCUCUCUGCUCACAAGCCCCAUUGUAAACUCACGGAGGAGACGGCGACCGAGAGCGAGGAACAAACCCAAGCCCAGGAGGAGCAGAUUCAAGCUCCCAACACCUCCCCAGAACAGGCGCCCACCUCCCCUCAACAAGCAGACCCGACCAGCGCUGCGAUCUUCGGCGACUCUGACGUCCUUCUGUGUUCCAGUGCCGAACUGGGCGGCGCUGAGGUGGAGCCGUACAUCGACAUGAGGGAUGUGUCCAUGGAAGACAUUAGCGACGUGAUCGACAGCGGCGAUGACAUGGAUCUCUUAGUGCCAGACAUCGACCUCACUAGCUCUCUGGGUCUGAGCGAAUGGGAAACCCUGUAUAUGUCAAUGGGUGGCGGAUUGGAGCCUCUCAGCUCGCCUACAUGCAGCCCCACCUGUAACAGCAACAGCGCCGUGCCAGUCUUCAACUUCAACAGUGCAGAUGUAGAGCAUGACAGUGGAAAAGAAAGCAAAUCUAAUGCAGCCAAAGAAAUCUUGACGACUUUAUGAAUGUUCUGGCACGUCAUUCUUAUAAAUAAAGGUUCCAAAAUAGGGUUUUCACAGUGACGUCAAGGUACUUUACUGGCAUUUAACAUUCCGUGGAGAACCUUUGAAAACGUUGCAGUGUACAAAAGGCUCUUUAUAGUGAAAAAAAGGUUCUUUAGGUGAUUAAAUGUUCUUCACACUAAGAAAUAAUGGUUGUUUUAAUAACUGUUCACUGAAAGGUUCAUUGGGUCCUUUCAAUGAAAUGUUCAUUUUUAAAUAACUUUUUGUGCAGUGGAAAGGUUCUAUGGAUGUGAAAGGUUCUUCACGGAACCAUCAACGCCAAAAAAGAAUCUUUUUAAGAAUCAAACAUUCUAAGGAAGAAGGGCACACUGUGAAGUACUGUCGAUGAACCGAAAAACCCUCAUAAAAAUGCUUUCAUAAAUGAGUCUGACAUGUUCAACAUUUACAAAUAUAGUGAAUGCUGUGCGGUAGAUGUAACGUGACCCUUACAUCCAGUGAAGUCACUAUUUGUUUCUUCCAAACGUUGACAUUGUUGAAUAUGUUGUUCAUCCUGUGAAAGACAUGCUUUCAUGCACUUUUGUACCAGUAGGUACGUGUAAAUGUAUUAGUUGGUGUGGUAAUGUACAGUGCGGUCUGUUACACCGUGUCUUUAGUGUGUGACUAACUGUAUUUUGGUAUUGUCGUCAAAAAAAAAGAAGAAAAAAUAAUCUGUAAAUCAUUAUGCAUUUUUUUGUUCUUCCUGCUUCCUUUUCAAUGG